AUGCGAUUGACAGGCGUGGCAGAGCAGUUUGCCAUAGCGGAGGCUAAGCUCAGGGCCUGGUCCUCUGUGGACGGAGACGACUCCACUGAUGACUCAUACGAUGAAGACUUUCUGCCUGCCAACGAGCCCGCCACACAGAGCACAGAGGUCUCGUCGCCGUUCCCUCCUUACCUGAAGGACCUGAUUCACAGCCAGAUGUGCCAGAACCUGAGCCUCAGGGGUCUCUGCUGUGAGGGGCCCGGUGGCGGGGGCGGGGCAGAACCCUCCCCCACCUCCGACUCCCCGGACACGCUGUGCUCCAGCCUGUGCAGCCUGGACGAGCUACACCCAUUGCUACGUGACCUAGGCACCUCCGGCAAACCCCAUCGCCAUCCCCACGGCAACGCCACCGAACUGGCCGCCAAGAUCCUGUCUGUGCUGCAGGGGGGCGAGGAGCUGCUGCUGGCCCGCCUGCAGCGUGCUGCCGCCGGCCCUCCCUCGCCCGCCGGGGGCAGCGGUGGGGGGCAGGACUCCCCCUGCUACUCGGCCUCCUACUCUGAGACCUACCUGUCGCCGGGAGAGGAGGAGGAGGGUGACGAUGGGCCCUGCAAGGGCUACAAGACAACCGUGUGCCAGGUGGGGGAGGAGCACCAACCCUGCCGGAGGGUGUCGGACGUGGCCUCCUCUGGGGUGGUCUCCCUGGACGAGGAAGAAGAGGAGGGCCAGGAGAGGCAGGCCAACAGCCAGUGACUCCUGGUGUCAGCUGGGAGCGACAGCUGGCCCUCACCGCUCCUCCCACUCAUCUCUGUUCUUUGGUUUUCCAUGACUCGCUCCACUUCCCCCAUGAAUCUUGAAAACGGUCCAUAUUGCCUUAUUUGUACAACAAUUUAAAAUCUCAUCUUUCCAAUUCUCCUGAGUUGUUCGACCCAUAACUCACUGACCCUCCUCCCCUCCAGAGCUCAAAUUCUGUCCUUUGAUCUUCUAUCCAAAAGCUUUUUGUUUUGAGGCGUCCAAACAAUCUUUUCUAUGUGUGAUAAAGAGCAGUGGCCUGGCUAUGAAGGCCUUCAGUGAACCUGUGCACUGGACCCUGCUGAUUGGCUGGCUGUUCGGGUGUACCCAGGGCUGCUGAUUGGUUGGUAGGGAUUGUACCUGGGGAGGAGAAAUGCA